UUCCUAUGAUAUUUAUCUAUAUGUUUUAAUUUUCAUUAAAAUGCUUCUGUUAAAACUUAAAUAAAAGGAGCAGUAUAUCAUUUUUAUUUUUAAAUGUUUAUUUUUAAUUUUCAAAUUAGCCGACAGAUGACUCUUAUGAGCUAAACAGCCAAAACUCUAACGAUGCUUCUGUUAGCCUCCUCCCCAACACUGACACUCCCAUCUCACUCUUCUUCAUGUUCUUCUUCUUCUUCUUCCACUCUUCUCGAUCUCAGAAACUGUAAAAGCUUUAGCUACUUUCGUCAACUCCAUGCCAUUGCCAUUAAGACGGGACAAAUCACUGAACCUCUUGUCGCCGCCGAGGUCCUGCGAUUUGCCGCCAUCUCUAGUGGCCGUGAUCUGUCGUACGCUCUCCAGAUAUUCGAUGAAAUGCCCGAACCAAACAUUUUCUCCUGGAAUACCAUCAUCCGUGCCUUCUCCGAGAGCGAUGAAUCUCCCCUCCAAGCCGUACACAUAUAUAUACGACUGCUCCAUAACGAUCUACCUAAACCCAAUCGGUACAGCUACCCAUCACUUUUCAAAGCUUGCGCUAGAAACUCUGCAAUUGAAGAAGGUACGCAGAUUCAUUGCCAUGUUAUGAAGCUUGGCUUCUUCAAAGAUGGAUUUGUUCUUACCAAUUUAGCUCGCCUGUAUACUCUCUCUGGAAAAAUGGAAGAUGCUCGGAAACUUGUUAAAAGAAGCUUUUUGCAGCCUGGCAGCGAAGCUAAUGCAGUGCUUCACAACAUCUUGAUUGAUGGAUAUUGUAGGCUUGGGAUGAUUUCUAAUGCGAGGAAGCUGUUUGAUGAAAUGAAUUACAAGAGUGUGAUAUCUUGGAAUGGGAUGAUAUCAAGAUAUACAGAAGUGGGGCUCUUUAAAGAGGCUGUGGAUGUCUUCUAUGUGAUGCAGGUUGAUGGCGUGAGCCCCAAUUAUGUCACUUUGGUUGGUGUUCUCCCUGCAAUAUCAAAGCUUGGAGCUUUAGGACUUGGAAAAUUGGUUCAUUCUUACGCUGCAAAGAAUGAAAUUGAGGUGGAUGAUGUUUUGGGUUCGGCUCUUGUUGACAUGUAUGGCAAGUGUGGGAGCAUAGAAGAUGCCAUUCAUUUGUUCGAAGCUUUGCCUAAGGAAAACCCAGUCACCUGGAGUGCGUUGAUCGGAGGGCUAUCCUUGCAUGGCCAGGUUCAAGAUGCCAUUCAUUAUUUCCACAUGAUGGAGCAGGCUGGAGUGAUCCCUAGUGAUGUUGUGUUCUUAGGUGUUCUGAAUGCUUGUAGUCAUGCAGGAUUGGUCGAUGAAGGUAAAGUUUACUUCAACAGAAUGAUCAAAAUGUAUGGGCUGAAGCCUAGGAUUGAGCACUAUGGAUGCAUGGUUGAUAUGCUUAGCCGUGCAGGGCUCCUGGAAGAAGCAGAAGAGCUUGUGAAUAACAUGUCAAUGAAGCCUGAUGAUGUGAUCUAUAAAGCUUUGCUUUCAGCUUGCAGAAUUCAUGGCAAAUCCGAAGUCGGAGUGAGAGCUGCGAAGAAUCUACUCCAAUUAGCUCCAGCUGCUGGUGAUUGUCAUGUGCUUCUAUCAAACUUUUAUGCUUCUUUGGGAGAUUGGGAAGCUGUUGCUGAAGUGCGGCUAAGAAUGAAGAAACUUGACAUCAGAAAGAAUCCUGGCUGCAGUUGGAUUGCAGUUGACGGUAGAAUCAAUGAGUUUUUUGUGGAAGAUUAUUCCCAUCCAAGAAUCAGAGAGAUACAUUUGAUGCUGGAAGAGAUGGCAGGAAAAUUGAAGGAAGAAGGUUAUGUGUCAGAUACUACAGGAGUUUUGCUUAAGAUUGUUGAUGAGGAAGAGAAAGAUAGUAUGGUGCUGUACCAUAGCGAGAAGAUUGCUGUUGCCUUUGGGCUUAUCAGCACUAAGCCUGGGAUGCCACUUCGGGUGAUUAAGAACCUGAGAGUGUGUGGAGACUGCCAUGAAUUUUUAAAACAAGUUUCCAAAUUAUAUGGAAGAAGGAUAAUAGUGAGGGAUCGCAGUCGUUUCCAUCAUUUUGAAAAUGGAUGUUGCUCUUGCAAGGAUUACUGGUGAUAACAAGUUGGAAGAGAGAAUUUGCAUUGAGAUUAUCAGUUCAAAGUGGCCCUUUUCCUCAUUGAAAAUUCAAGUUUCAUUUUCAAAGGAUGCUCUCAACUUCAAAACUGGGAGAUUUUGAUGUAAGAUGAAACAUAUUUAGUCAUAGGGAAGUUCCAAGGUCAGCACUUCAUCAUCUUCAAAAUUGAUUUGCGUUAAUAGAACUGCGUUUGUGACUGUCAAGCUGCUGGACUUUUAGGGCUUUUUGGUUACAAGAUUUAACCAAUAUUUAGCCAGAUUUUUAUGUUAAAUCUUGCCAAAUAAUGUUUUCUACAAAAAUUAUUUUUUUUACUAGAAAGAUGCUUUAAAAAACAGUAAGAAAAACGUCCCAAAUAAAGCUUAAGUCUAGUCUAAUUCAUAGCGAC